AUGGGUUUCAGCGAUUGGGCCAAAGAGCAGCUCCACGCUGCUUUGCCCAAGUGCUAUCUGGUCGCUAACAGCGACUUAUGUUCCUCCUCUUCGGGCUUGCGCUACCGCCGAUCUCCUUCCUUCAGCGAUGCUGCGAAGGUGACCAGAUUGAAGCCAGUCCCGUGGGACUCCUUGGUUUGUGGCACGCUGGAAGCCGAUGGCGCGUUCUUGAAGCUUGAGGACGGGUACUAUCUGCCGGUCUUCACCCAAAGCGGGAUCCGGGUGCUUCACGAGAUCGAGCGAGAGGAGCCGGCGGCGAAAGCGAGGGCGAAGAAGACGAAGGCUGAGGCGACCGAGGAAGAGAGGAGCCUCGUCUUCAGUGGGCCGGGUGCCUUCUACGAGGUGAUGUCGGAGCGGGUGGCCUUCCGAAAUGGCCCAUCUUUGGGUGCCAAAGCCUUAGGCCAGCUUCGAAAGGGCGAAGAGGUGGAACUCUUCGGUUGGGAUGAGUCGGGCUUGUGGCGGGAGUGCGUGGAUCAUCGCUUGGCCCGCAGUGGCUUCGUGCUUUUGGACCACCCGGAGUUGGGGCCCCUGCUGCGGCCCAAAGGGGAGCCCCUCUGCAUCCGGCCUCUGAACGUCCUGGCCGUGGCGGCCCAGGAGGGCCGCUACGAGGACUUGGAGCGCUUCCUGGCCAAGGAGCAGGAGGUCGACUUCCAAGAUCCACGGGGCCCGGCCGUGGUGCUGGCACUAGCGAAGGGCCAGCUCAGGUGCUGCCUGAGGCUGCUCCGCGCCGGCGCCCAGGAGGGGAGCAGCCCCGAGCUUGCGAUGCUCAGACGCUGCGGACCGGAGGAGCUGGAGGAGCUCCAGCAGAAGUCCGAGGAGGAGCUGAAGCGGUGGAUCCAAGGGGCGUUAAAGCAGACGGCCGCAUCGGCGCAGUUUGCUCCGAGCCCCGGGAGCGAAGAGAAGCCCGGAGAAGGCGAAGGCGAGGUCCAGGUCACCUCUCCAGAGAGAGAACCCGCCGAAGCCGUGAAGGCUCAGGCUGAGAAGGGAGAGCUCUACGAGGUGGUCUUCGAUUCCGUGUGGAUUCGACGUGAGCCGGAUGCAAAAGCAGCUCGAGUCAGCAAGCGUAUCAGAGGCCAGCGCCUGCAGAUCCUGGAGUUUGAUGAGACAGGCUUCUGGGGUCGGACAGUCUUCAAGACCAGCGAAGGUAUGGACGAAGGCUGGAUGCUGCUGGCUCAUGGUGAGUUUGGAGAGCUAUUGCGACCCGUCCACGAUGAUGGGCAGGGCUUCGUGGUUCGGCCGCAGUAG